AUGGCUUCCCCAGUUGUUGAUAGCAUGCCUGAUGCGUUGAGGCAGAGUCGAUAUCAUAUGAAGAGAUGUUUUUCCAGGUUCACUGGGACGGGAACAAGGCUAAUGAAGUAUCAACAUCUGAAGGAAGAGAUAGAGAAAGCGAUAGAGGAUAAACUUGAAAGAGAUAAGGUUUUGGAAGGCUCCCUGGGUCAAAUCCUGAGUUCCACACAGGAGGCAGCUGUUGUUCCACCACAUGUUGCAUUCGCCGUAAGGCAUAAUCCUGGAUGUUUUGAGUAUGUGAAGGUGAAUGCAGAGGAUUUAUCAGUCACUACAAUUACACCAACAGAGUACUUGCGACUAAAAGAAAUGGUUGUCGAUGAAAAAUGGUCACAAGACGAAAAUGCUUUGGAAGUCGAUUUUGGAGCAUUUGACUUCGGUAAUCCAAGCCUAGCACUCUCUUCUGCAAUUGGCAAAGGGCAUGGCUUCAUCUCAAAGCUCAUGGCUUCAAAGUUAAGCAAUGCUCCUGAAAGUGCGAAACCUUUGCUUGACUAUUUGAUGAAUCUAAGUCAUCAAGGAGAGAAUCUGAUGAUCAAUGAGAACCUGAACACCGUUGCAAAGCUUCAAACAGCCUUGAUCCUUGCUGAAAUUUAUGUGUCUGCAAUGCCUAAGGACACACCAUAUCAAAAUUUUGACCAGAAGCUUAAAGAGUGGGGUUUUGAGAAAGGUUGGGGAGAUACUGCUGAGAGAGUUAGAGAAACAAUGAGGAUGCUGUCUGAGAUACUGCAGGCACCAGACCCCAUGAACAUGGAAGCACUUUUCAGUAGGCUUCCAGUUAUAUUUAACGUCGUUGUCUUCUCAGUUCAUGGCUAUUUUGGUCAAUCAGAUGUACUUGGUUUGCCAGACACAGGAGGCCAGGUUGUUUACAUUCUAGAUCAAGUCAAAGCUUUAGAGGAAGAAUUACUCCUAAGAAUCAAGCAACAGGGUUUAAAUUUUAAGCCUCAGAUUCUCGUGGUGACUCGUCUAAUACCGGAUGCGCAUGGUACAAAAUGCAAUCAGGAGAUUGAGCCUAUAAUUAAUACCAACCACUCCCACAUAGUUCGUGUUCCUUUUAGAACUGAGGAAGGUGUUCUCCAACAGUGGAUAUCUCGGUUUGACAUUUAUCCCUACUUGGAAAGAUUUACUCAGGAUGCCACUGCGAAGGUCCUGGAACUCAUGGAGGGUAAGCCAGACCUCGUGAUUGGGAACUACACUGACGGAAACUUAGUGGCAUCUCUAAUGGCCAAAAAGCUGGGAGUCACUUUGGGAACCAUUGCUCAUGCACUUGAGAAAACCAAGUAUGAAGAUUCUGAUAUCAAGUGGAAGGAAUUCGAUCAAAAGCACCACUUCUCUUGCCAAUUCACGGCUGAUCUAAUAGCAAUGAAUGCUGCUGAUUUUGUCAUUACCAGCACAUUUCAAGAAAUUGCAGGAAGUAAAAGUAAACCUGGUCAAUAUGAAAGCCAUAUGGCAUUCACAAUGCCAGGGCUGUGUAGAGUAGUUUCAGGGAUCAAUGUGUUCGAUCCGAAGUUCAACAUUGCUGCCCCUGGAGCUGAUCAGUCUGUCUACUUCCCAUUUAACGAAAAAAGGAAGCGACUCACAUCAUUUCAUCCUGCCAUUGAGGAACUUCUGUACAGUAAAAAUAACAAUGAUGAGCACAUUGGAUUUCUUGCAGACCGGAAGAAACCAAUCAUCUUUUCUAUGUCAAGGCUUGAUAAGGUGAAGAACAUUACAGGACUGACUGAAUGGUAUGCGAAAAAUAAGAAGCUAAGGAAUUUAGUGAACCUAGUUAUCGUUGGGGGAUGCUUGGAUCCUUCCAAAUCCAAAGACAGGGAAGAAAUGGAAGAAAUUAAGAAGAUGCACAUCUUAAUAGAAAAGUACCAACUGAAAGGGCAAAUAAGAUGGAUAGCUGCACAAACUGACAGAAUCAGGAAUGGCGAACUUUACCGAUGCAUUGCUGACACUAAAGGAGCUUUCGUGCAGCCUGCAUUAUAUGAAGCCUUUGGGCUGACUGUUAUUGAGGCCAUGAACUGUGGAUUACCAACAUUUGCUACUAAUCAAGGAGGACCGGCAGAAAUCAUUGUGGAUGGAGUGUCAGGCUUCCAUAUCGAUCCUUACAAUGGCGAUGAAACAAGCAACAAGAUCACGAAUUUCUUUGAGAAGUGUAGGAGAGAUUCUGGAUAUUGGCAGAGAAUGUCUGAGGGUGGUCUCAAGCGCAUAUAUGAAUGUUACACAUGGAAGAUCUACGCGAAGAGGGUCUUGGACAUCGGAUCAACCUAUGGCUUCUGGAAACAACUGAACAAGGAUGAAAAGAAUGCUAAACUUAGAUACAUUGAACUAAUUUACAAUCUCCAGUUCAAGAAGAUGGCUAAGGAAAUGGCCAGCCAAUUUGAAGAACUUCAACAAGUUCCAACCAGGGAAACUGCUCCAACCCAGAAGCCAUUAGAAGCAGCAGUGCCAAAACAACCCGAACAGAUAUCAGUACCAACACCAGAACUCCUGCCAAAACUAAGGCAUGUUAUUAACUCAUUACACUUCCGCAUCCACUAA